AUGGUUUUAAGUGCAUUUUUGUACAAUAGACUUUUGAAAAUAUAUCAGUUGUUAAGUGCGGGCAAAAGAUUAGAUCCUCAAAAUGAUACAAUACUCGUUUUAGGUGGGUCAACAACUUCCUUUGGGAGGGCUUUAUGUGAAAUAUUAGUCAAAGGAUAUAAAUGCAAGGUACUUAAUUUAGAUAAAAAGGAUAGUUUAACUCAAUUGCCUUUCACAAAUUAUAAGUUUAUCAAAUGUCAUUUUACAAACAGAAACUCAGUAUUAAAUGCACUAUCGCGACUCAAAGAACUAGAAGAGGAUAUCACAGUUAUAAUAAAUAACGUACAAGAGGGUAUAACAUCUUUGUAUAGUACAAAAGUUCCGCUUGACCCAAUAACAGCGUUUGAAAGGUGUGCUUAUGCAAAUUUGAUCAAUCCAAUUAUAGUAUUUAAUUACUAUUUACGGGAACUUGUGGAUAAGAGGAGACGAAAUGGUCGUUAUAUCAUCAAUAUCAGCUCCGAAUUAACCAAACACGACGUUGGUGUUGGCAUGUAUUAUGUCUCUUCAAAGGCAGGAUUAAAUCAAUUUCAUGAUGGAUUCAACUCAGAGUUACAAGUGUGCAAUGAGCUCAACAGCUUCAAAUGUCUUCUUGUUUAUCUACCAUAUGUUAAAGAAUUUUCUAGAUGGGAACAUAUGUCCAGCGAUUUGGCCAAUGACUUAGUAGAAGCAAUGCUUUUUGGAAAAUUGGGAGAAGUGACGUUAUGUGAGGAUUAUUCAAAUUUUAGAAGUGGUGGACUCUACAGUGAAACAAUUUUCAAAAUUUUAACAGUUUUGAGAGAUUGGAAAUAA